AUGAAGCAUAGUCAUGUGGUGUUUACACUGCUUUGUAUAUUUAGGUUUGAACUUAUGGCUUCUGAUGAAACAGGUAAAGAGAAAUGCAAUGAUAUUUUAAGCUUGGAAGCUCAACGUACAGUUGGUGGUGCAGUGGCCAAACUUGGCUUAGAGCUUUUAGAGAAUCUACAGCCUGGGCUUGAGCAACCAAAUAUAAUUAUAUCUCCACUGAGUGUUUCCCUUGCACUUGCUGAGCUUGCUCUGGGUGCAAACAACAAGACCGAGGAGAAGUUGUUAGAAGUCCUUCACGCACAAGCACAGGCUAAUUUUCAUGAAACCUUAAGCUGUCUCCAGGAACAUCUGACUACUAAGGCUGUCAAGAUGGCAUCCCGUCUCUAUCUCUUACCAGGUUUUAAGGUGAACCAAGACUUUGUGGAUAGAUCUUCACGCCUGUAUAAAUCUGAACCUUCACAAUUGACCUCUAUUAAAGAAGUCAAUCAUUGGGUGGAGGAGGUCACCAAAGGUCACAUAACCAACUUCAUGUCUAGUCUUCCAUCUAAUGUGGUUCUAAUGCUGAUAAAUGCCAUUCAUUUCAAAGGGGAGUGGCAGUCUCGCUUUGACUCAAAGUUCACUGUAAAGGAUUUCUUCUACAUUGACAAAAAAACCUCUGUAAAGGUGGACAUGAUGAUGGCAACCAGAUAUCCACUCAGCAUGUUUGUAGAUUUAAAGGAUGGAACACAGGUCGCAAGAUUACCCUUCCAAGGAAACAUGAGUCUUCUAGUAGUAAUGCCAUCACAUGGAAAUCUAUCAACCACGGCUGCCAAACUCAACAUUUCCGACCUGUAUGAACGUCUCCCAAGUCAGAAGUCUAUGCAUGUGAAACUACCCAAAUUCAAGCUUGAGUCCAAACAGGAUUUACGUCAAGCACUUACAAACAUGGGUCUGGGCAUGUUGUUUUCUGGGCCUGACCUAUCCAGAAUCUCCCAGGGCCCAUUAGUGGUGUCAGGGGUACAACAUGCCUCAAGUAUUGAACUGAACGAACAGGGGGCCGAAGCCUCGGCCGCGACCUCUGUCACACUAGUGCGUACCAUUCCCACGUUUGCCGUAAACAUGCCAUUCAUCUUUGCACUGGUGGAUGAUGCGUCUUACACACCUCUCUUCCUGGGAAUGGUCACCAACCCCAAUCCUGGAGCGACGGCUGAACAAAGCGAUGAGCCAAAAACUGAAAAUGAAACUGUACCAAGCAAUGUUCGCCUGACUGACACAACACUCAGUGACGGCCCACAUGAAAACAUGCUAAGUUACAUGUUAAAUAUGUGGAGGGAAACAAUUCCUCAGCAGUUCCUUGGACAUCAGGAAAUGGAUCAAGGGAACUGAAAGAAAACGUGCAUGGAUCCGUGUAUAUUACAUGUGCUUGGGUGAUACGCAGGGUUAUGCUGUUCGUGACCUGUCUAUAGUACAGUAACAUUAUAUAUGGACAUGCACCUCCUGAACAUUGUUUAAUUUUUGUAAGACAGACAUAAAAAGGAGAAAACUUAAGGACAGACAUAAUAAAUCCCAUUAGAAAUUAUUUUUCUAAUGAUUAAACAACAUGUGCAAGUGUAUCCAAUGGCACAGAAAAUGACUUUAUUAUCAUACAGCUAAAUCGUACAUAUUAUUGUAAUAUAAUGUUAAGUCGCAUGGUAAUACAUUUUCGUUGUAUUCUACAAAACCUUAAAAAUUAAAAAAAAAAUUGUCUACCUGUAUCGCUGUGUAUUAGGCUAAUCGAAGUGUAUCGUUCACGCUUAUCUUCAUGCUAACAGUUAUAACAAAUAAAACGCAACAU